UAGUGAAAAAAUUUAUGUUCCAAGAUUUUCAUUUAUUAAUAAACAAAAUAUGUUUAUGAUUGAUUUUACCAACAUGCCAAAACUGGAAAAAUAUUUACCACCUGGAAGAUACACUUUAGUGAUAUCGUAUAUGCGAAACGUAAAUUAUAACAAAGAAUUCCCUAUUACAUCUUUAUUCUCCAACAAAAAAAUGGACAACAUGUUAAUAGCGACAGGUGUUGAUAUAAUGACUGCUCGGCAAUUAUUCCCAUGUUGGGACGAGAUACUUAAUUCCACCUUCAAAAUUUCCAUCAAGCAUCAUAAAAAUUACACAGCCUUAUCAAAUAUGCCUAUACAAACAACAGAAAAUGAUGACAAACGUGACAUGAUGUGGACACAUUUUGAGAAAUCACCUACAAUUUUUAUUCAACAUUUAAAGGUUGUAAUAACCACAUUCACUAACAUUUCUACUUCGGCAAAUGUCACAUUUUGGGGUAGAAAAAACAUAACAAACCAUUUAAAAUUAGCGGAAUGUAUUGCCCAACAAAUCCUACAAUUUUUUAAAUAUGAAAAUAGUAUGGACAAAUUACCAAAAAUAGACUAUGUUGCAUUCUGGGAUAAUUAUCAUAAUAACAGUAUGACAUGGGGAUUGAUUUCACAAAGAGAAGUUGAUAUUAUUUAUGACGAAGACUCAGAUUCCGUUGGGCAUAAAUUGAAAGUAGCAAGUUUUAUAACAUAUCAAAUAAUUUCUCUUUGGUACGAUGAUGUGUUGCUGUGGUCAAAAACAAAUUUUCUUACAUUGCUUGCAACACAUAUAUUUAAUCAGAUUCUUCCGAAUGAUAUAAUGAAUUUAUUUAUCGUGGAAACACAACGGGAUUCUUUUCUCUUUGAUACUCCUUCUAAUGCAAAUGAAAUGAGUUCACUUAGCUAUCUUUUAAAUCAUACAAAACCAUCCAAUAUAUGGCGCAUGUUAUGCCAUUUGUUAACUGCUGAUGUGUUUUGGACUGAUAUCCGCACAUAUGUUACUAACAAACAAUAUAAUAAAACAAAUGAUUUUUGGAACACUAUGCUUACUAUUUUACAAACGAUUCCACAUAACUCAAGCGUACUUAUUGUAAGAAUACUUAUAUCUGUUUGGACAAUGAAAAUAUAUUAUUACCCAGUACUGUACGUGACACGAAAUAACAUCACUCAUAUGACAAGAUUCGAAUAUCUCACUUCUGAUUUUAUUGAUAAGAAAACAGAAUUUCCUCCAACAUUCGUAACAUAUACGACAAAGUCAAUCAUGAACUUUCACGAUAUUUUUACCAAUAAAUCCUUUUGGCUAUCACCGGACAAACCGGUAACGUUAAAGCACAAGUUUGAUGAAAAUGAUUGGAUUCUAGUAAAUUUACAACAAACAGGGUAUUAUCGUGUUAAUUAUAAUUCUGCAAAUUGGGAGAAACUUGCGGAAUACAUGAAUUCUACGACAUUUAUCGACAUACAUGUUCUCAAUCGAGCUCAAAUCAUAGAUGAUGCGUUUCACUUCUUUAUACAUACACAACUUGAUUAUGUUACGUUUUGGAAAAUCUCUGCAUUUUUGUCACAAGAAACGAAUUAUAUAGUAUGGUAUCCUAUGCUUAAAGCUUUUGAAUAUGUAACUUUUAUAGUUUCAAUUAAAGAUGCUAACGACGUAAUGAAAAAAAUGGAAGAAAUAUUGAAUGGAGUUUUGUAUAAAAUAGGAUACGUUGCACAACGACAAGAAAGCAUUUUUACAGAACGUUUAAGAGAGGAAACAGUAAAAUGGACAUGUAUUAUUGGUAACAAAAAAUGCAGAGAAGUAGCCAAUGAGCAAAUGAUAAGAGAUCUACGUGAAAAUCGCACUUUUGUAACGCAAUCAGAAUGGAAAAGAUGGAUGUAUUGUAAUGGUUUGGUGUCAGCCAACAGCACUAUUUGGUAUGACGUAUAUAACAAAUGGACAGCAACACCUGAUGAUAUAAAAUUUUUGGAAUAUUUAACUUGCAGUGAAGAUCCUGGAGUCAUAUCUAAUUAUUUGCGGCUGAAUUUCAUUGAUAAUAUUUUAUUAAAACGCAAUACACGUGCUCACAUAUUUCUUCUCACCGUUGCGAGGCAUGCAAGAAACAAUAUAGUUUGCGAUUUUAUAUUGCAAAAUCUCAACAAUAAUACAUUUAUGUUCACCUCCAACACACAAGCCGACAUAGUUGCAAUAUUAAUUGUUAUUAUUACGCACCAACAUGCUGUAGAGCAAUUGAAUAAGGUACGUGAAUUCGCGAAAGUUAAUUUGAGAGAAGAGCGAUUAGUUGAUGCUGUUUACCAAAAAUAUAAAAAACGAAGAUUCGAGUACGUAAGAAAAAUCAUAAACUAUGGACUCAUCGGUUUUCGUCGGUUUAAAUAACAUUAAUUUAAUUUAAUUAUUUCUUCUUAUAC